GGUCACACUGACGGUCACCGCUCGGGCUCCAAUUUUUAUUUUUUGCCAAAAUGUGCGCGCCAACAACGAAUUACGCAAAUGCAAGGUCCGAUAAGUGAACUAUAGCCGCCAGACAGACACCUACAUCGCGUAGGAAAUACAACUUACUGUAGGUCGUGCCGCCGCCGCUGUUCCAACACGUACCAACGCCAGAGAGGCGGAAAAAAGUCAGCAAAAAAAGGCGUCUGGGAGGAAGUACUGCUCCUCGUGCUGUUGGAAAAUCGAUCGAUUUCCAUCAUUGAGGCUCCACAGCCAAUUGUUGUUCCCUCCUCUCCCCUCAUAAACAUUAGUUCAAUCUCGUUUUUUUCUUGUGACGAACGGGCAGUACAAAAAUCGCAUGAACAUCAUCCGACACGGGCGGUAACCGGGGUGGUGUGUGUGGUGCGAGAAAAGAAAGACGCGAAAGAAACAACAAAAAAACGCAAAGAAAAAAAAUCAAUUAGCAAGGCACACGAAAAUAAAAAUAUAUACUCCAUAUAAAAAUCGCAAAUUAUUUAUGAAUUGGUUGUUGUUGCUAAAACAAAAGGAGGAAGAAAAGACCAGCAUUGAAAAGAUUUCUAAUUCGAAAAUAAACCAAACAAAUCGGCACCGCUAGCAACAAGAGCAAGAGAGAGAGAGAGAGAGAGCGCGGUGCAGCGGAAGAAGAGCAGAGAGCAGGCAGGCGCCAAAACGGUAACAGCAGCAGCACCACCAGAGAGUGGUAAAAAGAGCGAGCGAGAGAGAGAGAGAGAGAGCAGCCAGAAACGUCUUGAGCGCGUCAUCGAUAUAUCUUCAAUUGUUUACACGAGUCGACGACGACGCCGCCGCCGCCGCUGUUGGUGCGUGUGUAUAAUUUUUGCGGCUAAAAAAGACACACCCUGAGAGGAAACAAGACCAACUGCUCCCGCCCUCUUAUCCCUUGGGUGUGUGUCCCCCAGGGUGCGUGCUACAACAUCGCUACAACAGCAGCAAGAACGAUAACACGAACCGAAUAUUGACCGCUCCUUAAGCUGCAAGCCGCCGCCCGCCCGCCCUUCUUCAAUCCCCUCCCAACCGGCCAGCAGAAGUAUGCAAUGUCGUCUGGCCACGUAUCGGCGCUGAGAACGAGAGGAUCCAUUAGAUCCACUAGUUGAGAGCUGCGAACUGAGCGACAAAGAGCGAGAGAGGAGAGGAGAGGAGAUCACAAGAGAGAGAACUCCUGCAGCUCUAGAGCUUAUCAGCAAGCAACAAGCCAACGGAACGAGAUCCCAGUGCCUGGGUUAACUUCCGCUCGGAGGCAAACAUACAAAUAAAAACAAAAAAGAAAGCGAAAACUACUAAUAUAGUCUCUGAUUCAUCAACCAUCCAGUCAUCAGGCGUCAUCCAGCGAAACGAACGAGCGAACGAACAAAAACAGAGAUAAAGAUAGAGCUAGCGAGAGAGAGAGAGAGAGAGAGACUCUGGAAUCAGCAGCAUACACCCCCGUCCGGCGCAAGCACAAGUCUACUUAAAGGAGAAGGAAGCACAAAUCACUUACUUAAACACAAGAACAAACACACAACUGACAAGCAACAAAGAGCGACGAGGAGGAGCCCCACUGCCCACUGCACAUCCUCCAAGAAGUUCAUCGAAAGGAGCGAGUAGGCCGCCAGCGAGCGUGGCAACCAACGAGAGGAGACCACAACCCAUUUACAAUCUACAACACGUAGAGUCGGGAGCCCUGCGAAGCAUUCAGAAUGAACUCCACAACAAAACAUCUGCUGCACUGCACACUGCUCUUCACUGUGAUAAUAACCUUCGAAGUAUUCUCGGGCGGCAUCAAGAUCGACGAGAACUCGUUCACGCUGGUCGACCCAUGGUCCGCGUAUGGGGAUGUGGCCACCGUCUUGCUGUACUUACUCCGAUUUCUCACCCUCCUCACGCUGCCCCAGGUGCUGUUCAAUUUCUGCGGCCUGGUCUUCUACAAUGCCUUCCCCGAGAAGGUUGUCCUCAAGGGCAGCCCCCUGCUGGCGCCCUUCAUCUGCAUCCGCGUGGUGACGCGCGGCGAUUUUCCCGAUCUGGUCAAAACGAACGUCCUGCGGAACAUGAACACCUGCCUGGACACCGGCCUGGAGAACUUCCUCAUCGAGGUGGUCACCGACAAGGCCGUACACUUGGCCCAGCACCGACGCAUCCGAGAGAUUGUGGUGCCCAAGGAGUAUAAAACGCGCACGGGGGCCCUCUUCAAGUCACGCGCCCUGCAGCACUGCCUGGAGGAUUCGGUGAAUGUGCUGAACGACAACGAUUGGAUCGUCCAUCUCGAUGAGGAGACGCUGCUCACGGAGAACUCGGUGCGCGGCAUUAUCAACUUCGUGCUGGAUGGCAAGCAUCCGUUCGGCCAGGGCCUCAUCACCUAUGCCAAUGAGAAUGUUGUCAAUUGGCUGACAACGCUGGCGGACAGCUUUCGGGUGUCCGACGACAUGGGCAAGCUGCGGCUGCAGUUUAAGCUCUUCCACAAGCCCCUCUUCAGCUGGAAGGGCAGCUAUGUGGUCACCCAGGUGGGUGCCGAGCGGUCGGUCUCCUUUGACAACGGCAUCGAUGGCUCGGUGGCCGAGGAUUGCUUCUUUGCGAUGCGAGCCUUCAGCCAGGGCUACACGUUCAACUUCAUUGAGGGCGAAAUGUACGAGAAGUCGCCGUUCACGCUGCUCGAUUUCCUGCAGCAACGCAAGCGCUGGCUCCAGGGCAUCCUGCUGGUGGUCCACUCCAAAAUGAUACCCUUCCGGCACAAGCUGCUGCUGGGCAUCAGUGUUUACUCGUGGGUCACCAUGCCGCUCUCCACAUCGAACAUCAUCUUCGCCGGCCUCUACCCGAUACCCUGUCCCAAUCUGGUGGACUUUGUGUGCGCCUUCAUUGCGGCCAUCAACAUAUACAUGUACGUGUUUGGUGUGAUCAAGUCCUUCUCGCUGUAUCGCUUCGGACUGUUCCGGUUUCUGGCCUGUGUGCUGGGAGCCGUGUGCACGAUACCCGUGAAUGUGGUCAUCGAGAAUGUGGCCGUCAUCUGGGGGCUGGUGGGCAAGAAGCACAAGUUCUAUGUGGUGCAGAAGGAUGUGCGUGUGCUGGAGACGGUAUAAGUACUGACCGGGCCCAACCAAAUGAAACACAGAAAUCGCACAAUGGAUGGCCAGGAUAAAUAAGCACACACACACACACACACACACACACACUAUCUGAAUUCUGAUUUGUUUGUAAUUUUUAGGCAUAAGACUCCCUCACACACACAGCGCACACGCACGCACACACGCACACACCUUUGCAUAUGCAUAUUUAUAUAGAUAUAUACAUAGAUAUGUGUAUGUGUGUAUAUUGAUUGUUGUUUCGUUAUAAAUCCAAUCACACCAUUCCUCUCCUCACUCAUCCACACACAUCGCCCCACAACGCAUCGCAUCGCAUCGCAUCUCCACCUACCACACAAAGAAAAUCGAGGAGCGGCGCAAGAACCACCAAAAGCAGAACAAACAUGUUGGAUGCAAGGAUAAUGGAUAAAUGCAAGAGCACUGCAAGAUACGCACCCAGAAACGCACUCAAGCUAAACAACAAUGUACUCUCCAUUAAGUGUAAUUUCUGUACGUUCUUUACGUUCUCUUUGGAUCUUGUUUUUUUCCCCUUUUUUUUGAUAGUCUGUAGUGAAGAAAGCGCUAUAUUUAUAUGCAUACUAUAUAGUAAAUAUCAUAUGUACUAUAUUACGUAGCUCUAUUAUUAUUAUUAUUAUUAUUACCGUCAUUAUUAUUAUUUAAAAUGUGUACAUUCAUGUAUUGUAAAUUGAAGAGAACAAGAAUUGAGGCGAAUAUCUGUUAAAUGUCCGACUUCACACCAAAAACAAAAAAAAAAAAAAAACAAAUGGAUAAAAUGAGAAAACUGCAGCAACAGAGCACAAUAUCCGGGAAACAGUGAAUGUUAGACUUAUGUACUUACAUAUAUGUAUAUGUAUAUAGAUAUACAUAGGUACAUGUGUCAUUCAAUCCAAGCGUUCACAAUGUCCCGCGGAACCUUCGGUUAUACAUUUCUCUUUCAUUACGAUCCCCAACCCAUGAUGGGCGGUGUGAAUGAUGCAACGGUGAAAAA